AUGAAGUUAUCUAUAUUUUUUUUUAUUCUAAAUAUUUAUCUUGUUUAUUCACGUUCCUGUAGUGAUAGUAAAAAAGGUGUUUGUGAAGUUGAUGAUUUAGGUGGUUGGUGUUAUCAUAAUAUUACAAGUAAUGAGUAUAAUUGUGAUGAAAAUAAUUUUUGUGGAAAUAAAGAAAAUCUUAAAGGUAGGACAAAUUUUGGAGGAUGUUAUAAAUCUGGAAAUAGUGAAGAAAGUACUGAAUGUUGUUGUAAUAAAGGAGAAUUAUGUAAUUUAGCUAUGAUGGUUCUUCAAUAUGAAGGAAACGAUGAUCUUCAGAAAUGUUAUUUUGCUAAAGAAAAGUCAGAUGAAGAGACAAUUGUUUAUAAAGAAUGUAUUGAACCAUAUUGUUUACUUUACAUGGAAAAGGAUUUAAUCGGUGGUGUAUCAAAAGUUUUUCAUGGUUGUGAAACUAAAUCAAUUUAUAAAUAUAAAACUGCUAAAAUUGAAGAUGAAAUAAUUGGCAAUAAUUCACAAUGGAAAGAUUUUGAAUAUAUAUUUCAUAGUCCAAGAUGUUCAGAGAUGUUAAAUUAUGUUGAACCUAAUGAAAAUGGUACAAAAAUUGCAUGUAUAGAUACAACAUUUGUGGAUAAUAAUGUUGAAAAGAAAAGAAAAUAUUGUUGUUGUAAAGGUUCUGAUUUUUGUAAUGAAAAAAUAUCAUGGUCACAUCCAACAAUUUCUCAUGAAUUAUUUGGUUCAAUCAAAAAUUUAUCAUCUAAACUUGUCUGGACAGGUUUUCCAUUUUUUUUUAUUGCUGCUUUUAUUGGAAAAUUUUUUAGCAAUUAA